CUCUCUCUCUCUCUCUCUCUCUUUUCUCCUUUUCUCUGUUGGCCUGCCUGCCAUCCCACACUGACUAGACAGGGUGAGUAGGCUUCAGACAGAGGGAAUGACAGAUCUUUCUCUCUCUCUUUCACUAUCAGCUGUUCACUCAUAAUCUCUUUAAUCUUUCAUACUUGCUCCUUAUCUCUCCCCUUCACUACCUUGCAUUCCUUUAGUUUUCUGUCCUUCCAUCUCUACCUCACCCUUCCUGUAACGUGUGCGUGUGUUUGUGUGGCAACGUGUUUGUUGGCGUGAGUGAGCUCACCCCAGGGCUUGACAGUCGUGUGUGUGUGUGUGUGUGUGUGUGUGUGUGUGAGAGGGAGAGCUGAGUAAGGGACAGGGUGAUUACGGUGUGCAGUUUUAUGGCUCCUGAGGAGCUGAGGCAGGCUCCAACAAGGUACACUCUCAUAUGGAGGAGAGACACACACUCAACCUAACACCUCUAGGGAGCGUUUGAAGUGUGUGUGAAGUUGUCAUUACAAAGUAAUUAUUCAAGCACAUUGCCAGCGGCAGCAUAAUCCUGCUGACUCUGGCUAAACCUAAAAGGGAACGUGAAGAAGGAUCUGUUACAGUUUUAGAAUAGUGAACAUUACAUGACAUCAUCCCUGUACUGAAUCAGUCAAGGGUUAAAUUACAGAUGGUUUUUUAUGGUUGGGUCUUCUAAGGCUCUCUGCCACUGAACUAUGUUCACGCACAAGACCUAUUCAUCAAGCUCUGGAUCCCAUUUCUCAUUCAUGUUAAGGCAAUGAGGUGUGUGUGUUACUGUGCAUGUGUUACCGUGUGUGUGUUACCGUGUGUGUGUGUGUGUGUGUGUGUGUGUGCUCCUGAAGUGGGAUAGCAUAGCCUUCUGAUUGAUUUGUACUGUAAAGGGUUGUAUUAGCCUACAAUGGGAGCAGUCACAUUGUCCCAUUGUUGGACACACCACACCCUGCUCACCUAAUUCACCCAUUAGUUCAUAAUUAAAUCCACUCCUGUCACUGGAGAUAUCCCUACGGCUUAAAACUCUACACAACACAAAGCAGCACUUUAUAUUGCUAUCUGUAGAUUUCAACCCAUAUAAUACCAGGAUUACAUUGCCUGGUGUUCUGCUUUUGAAAUGUUUUAAAGGACGUUUUAACCAGACUGGACUCACUGGAGGAGUUUGUAGUGUCAAUAUGUAGGAAGUGGUGAGUGAGUGUUUACAGUAGGUUGGCGCUACACCUGUAUGCUGUAUAGGGAAGUUGUUUGGCCAUAGGAGGACUAUAGGCUAUCUGUUUGAUUGUGUAAGCCAUGCAUACGUGUUAUUCAUACUUCCUCUGUGCUUCAAUCCCUGUCAAUACCAUUGACUUUGCAUAUUGGCAGCAGUCAUAUGCAUACAAUUCCAGAAUUCUAAGAAUGCUCCGACACACACACACACACACACACACACACACACACAGGUGCGCAGACGCAUGUUAAUGCAUACAAAAGCAACUGGAAAACAACUGACUGUUGUUCAUUCAGAGUUAGCAUUUUUUCUGAAUGGUGUGCAGCCUAUAUACACAUGCUUGCACACACACACUUCAACACACACAUUGUCCUGUAGUGGGAGUUUUCCCAUUGAUAGUGCCGUAAGGCCCAGGCUCUCUCUCUCUAUAGUAGAACAUUUCACCUGCUGCAGGUCCUCCACAAGCUCGAAAUGCUCUUUCUUUCCCACAGUCUGCAGCCAGACUACACACACACACACGUACACACACCCCGCUCGCCCCUGUCAAGGCAUCUCCUCCCAUAACACAUUCCUCUUUUCCAUGUACAUUCUAUAGUGUUGGGCUGUUAUUGUGUUACCUGGACUGCAUGGUCUCCUCUUACAGGUAGAAAGCUUGUAGCGCGUGGCUGUCGUCUGAGUACGACAUCAUGUCAGACAGGAACGUAGACACACACUCACACCCACCUGGACAUUCCCCGGCUCGGGUUUCCCUUUGAGCGCUUACAAAACACGGCAGGCGACCCGACAACAUCCCUCAAUCUAUCUCCCACUUCCUCACCCGCCUUACCCCCUCCUCAACUACUCCCCCUCUCCCAAGCUGUCAUACUCUCAUAGUGGAAACAUCAAUGGAAAGAUAGUUUAAUAGUAACAUAUUCUAAUAAGAGACGACAUUAGGUUGAGGUAAAGGUGGGACAUUUGUAGUUUGGCUGUGAGGGUGGCGGAGGGAGUUGUAGUCUGGCUUUGAGGGUGGUGGAGGGAGUUGUAGUUUGGUUGAGAGGGUAGUGGAGGGAGUUGUAGUUUGGUUGUGAGGGUAGUGGAGGGAGUUGUGAGGUUGGUGGAGGGAGUUGUAGUUUGGCUGUGAGGGUGGUGGAGGGGUGUUAGUUUGGUGUGAGGGUGUGGAGGGGUUGUGUUGUGAUGAGUGGUGUGGGGGGGAGUUGUUGUGGGGUGUGAGGGAGUUGUAGUUGGUUGUGAGGGGUGGAGUUGUAGUUUGGUUGUGAGGGUGGUGGAGGGAGUUGUAGUUUGGCUGUGAGGGUGUGGAGGAGUUGUAGUUGGUUUGUGAGGGGUUGUAGUUGGUUGUGAGGGUGUGGAGGAGUUUGGUUGUUGUGAGGGUGGUGGCGGGAGUGUGUAGUUUGGUUGUGAGGUUUGUGGAGUGGGUGUGGUUGUAGUUGUUUUGUUGUGGGGGUAGUGGAGGGAGUUGUAGUUUGGUUGUGAGGGAGUUGUAGUUUGGCUGUGAGGGUGGUGGAGGGAGUUGUAGUUUGGCUGUGAGGGUUAUGGAUGGAGUUGUAGUUUGGUUGUGAGGGUGGUGGAGGGAGUUGUGGUUUGGUUGUGAGGGUGGUGGAAGGAGUUGUAGUUUGGUUGUGAGGGAGUUGUAGUUUAGCUGUGAGGGUAGUGGAGGGAGUUGUGAGGUGACAUGAUACUUAGAGAGAGAGAUCACUGAUAGAUGUCAGAGAUGUUGAAGGUUUAUUGGUGGCUGGAAGGUCUCAUGGGGCCUCUAGCUUCAGGCAUUUCAUUCUAACAGAGAGUGUAGUCCAUCUCAGCUACAGAGGUAAAUAGAUAUAUAUAUAGUCCUAAACUUUGACAUGCUGUCCUAUGGAAAGACUAGGGGUGUGUCCCAAAUGUCACUAUAUUCCCUAUAUAGUGCACUACUUUUGACCAGGGCCCAUAGGGAUCUGGUCAAAGGUAGUGCAAUAUGUUGGGAAUAGGGUGCCAUUUGGGAUGCAACCAAGGCUAGUCAGGUAGACGGGUUGUUGGUGCCUGUGUUUUAUGGGCUGUGGAGGAUCCUGAACACACCAAGGUGACUGGGGUGAGACGGUAACGCACCCAGCUCUCACAGGAUUAAGGAACAGAUGGUUGAAGCCACUAAAAUAUUAAAGAUGUGAAAAAUGUAACGUGGGAUUGGUCUUAUGUCUUUGUGAUGAGUUUUACAGUGGUUUUUACAGCAUCCUUUUACCAUAUGAAGUUGAGUCAUUGGUUAUAGCCCUCUGUUGACAAAAAUAGAUUUUCUACAGUCAAACUGAUAGACCUAGCUCCAUCUCUUAUGUACCUUGCUCUCCAUUAUUCAGCAAGAGAUAUCCAGCCUUUACAAUAUGCUAUACAGACAUAGUUGACAUAUUUGGAGCAGUGGAAGACAGGAGGGGUGUGCGUCUUUUGAUCAGCAAGAUGACAGGCUUAAAAAUAGAAUAAUCAGUACUGGUCAUAAUUUCCUUGUUCAGACGGCCCCACUACACCCACCAUGCAGCCAAGCUGUAUACCUACAGUACCUGCUGUUAAAGCACAAAAUGGAACUGGCACAUUCUCUCACUACUUAACUCUGGAUUUGAAGUCUAUGACUCCAGGCUGGAUUUCUGGAAAAAGGGUUCUUUUUUCCCCUCCUGUUGGAGGCUUGUCACACUUUGUCUGUGUCUGAAAUGGCACCCUAUUCCCUAUAUAGUGCACUACUUAUGUCCGGGGCCCAUAUACUGUAUGUAACAGUGCACUAUAUAGGGAAUAGGCUGCCAUUUUGAACGCAGCUUUUGAGAUGUAUAUGAACUACUGCCGUUUUCAACCCCCUCACUGUGAAGUUCUUCAGGUCAUUGUUCUCCCUGCUGUAGAAGAAGAACAGGGCAGGUGGGUUUUGGAGAGAAGCAGAGGGUCGAGAGAUAAUGAUCAGGUUCUAUGUAUUUGGGUUGAUGACUCGAGGCGGGGAAAGCCACACAUUCAAAUAGAGAGCCUUGGAGCAGAACGAUCAGAACUCGGCUCUCUACAGCUGAACCAAUGGAGAGAGCCUUGUGGGAGCUGGGUCGUGUUCAUAAGGGAACACUGUAGCGAAACGUUGUGCAACGGAAAAAAAAUGAAAAUUAGUGUUUUGUGUUGGAUAAGUCCAGCUCACUGUGUUAGUCAGUUUUUUUCCCGUUGCGUUCACUUAUGAACACUACCCAGAGCCGAUCAACGUCAUGUCAUCCAUUCCAACAGGGCCUGUCAAGCCUGUUCUCACUGCCUCGAAACUGACAGGCAGUAGGCUGACACUAUCAGGUCCACCCAACAGGCCCUACUACUGUCUGUGACUGCUACUGACAGGGAUAUGGCAGUUGGCAGUUGCUUUCUCUUUCUGUUGGGGACACGGAUGUUGCCCAGAGGAAGAGCUGAGAGAAGACAGGCCCAGUCUGAUAGGACCAUUGUGUUGUUGGUGUGAAUAUUCAUUAAACUAUGCCUAGUAGACACAGAUUCCAGCUUUCUGUCUUGACAUGCAUUGAGAUAUUUCACUGUUUGGGGUUGUAUGUUUGCUUUUGUUCAUUUGAGAUAAAAACAUUUGGCAGCAGUCUCAAUGCAUUAUUUCCACUAGUGUAGUUCCACUAUCUCAUUCUCUCUAGUAAGCUGUCUGUUGGCAGUGCAGCUGCAGGGAUAUGGCAUUAUCAGUGUGAGUGAUGUGUAUCCCAUGGCUGGUUGGGUUCAUUCAUUCACCUGAAAAGGUUAACAACUCUCGCCACAUAGAGAACAUUGGGGUGUGACCGCACAGCGCUCUAACCGCUCACCCGGGAGUAGAAGACGACAGGGCCACAUGUGAACCGAGACUGAGACGAGCUGAAGGAUGGAAAUCUUUAUCCCUUCUUUCUCUCUUUCUUUUUCUCUCUAUCGCUCUCUCUCCCCUGGAGUGUUAUUAAAUCUGUAGCGAGGAAGGUGCCAGCGAAGGAGAGCGAAGCGCGAAGAGACGAGAGGGAGGGAGGGAAAGCGGGAGGAGGGAGGAGAGGAGAGGGAGAGAGGCGGAGAGAGAGAGAGCGCGAGGAGAGAGAGGAAAAGAGAGAAAAGAGAGAGAGGAGAGAGCAAGGAGAAGAAAGAGGAGGAGAGAAAGGAGAGAGAGAGUAAGAGCGAGAGCGAAGAGAGGGAGAGAGGAGCGAGGAGAGGAGCGAGAGAGAGAGAUAGAGAGAGAGGGAGAGAGGGAGAGAGCAGAGAGAGGGAGAGAGAGAGCGGAGAGAGUAGCGAGAGAGAGAGAGAGAGGGAGGAGGGAGGAAGAGGGAAAGAGGGGAGAGAGAGAGCGAGGUCGAGAGAGAGAUGACGAGAGAAGCGGAGAGAGCAGAGGUCGAGAGAGUAGAUGCGCGCGGAGGGAAUAGAUAGAUAGAGAGCGCGAUCUGCUCUCUGUCUCUACCUCUCGCCUAUCCUCGCUCUUCCCUCCUCUCUCUAUAUUCUCUAUACCUCUUCUUUCGUACCUCUCGCUUCCCUCUCUCCUCUCAUCUACUCUCUCUCUCUCUCUCUCUACUCUCUCUCCCUCUCUGCUUCUGGCCAAACAACCACCACCACUAAAGCCACACCCACACUAUCCAUCCACUGGCCUGCCUGGCUCCCAGUGUGUUAUUUUUACCUCUUUCCCCCCAAAUAAUUAUGUCACUCUGUUUUCCUCUUGCCGUAUAUAUUUUUACUGACACCAUCUGCAUCGCCAGAAAAAAGUCACUUCCACCCAAACACAGAGAGGGAUGAUGUCAUUAAGCUAGGUCAUUUCCAGGUGACACAACAGCUCAUAUCCUUUGGGCUCCAGAUAGCGGUUGCCUUUAGGUACAGCUCUAGGAUCAGUUUACCCACGGCAAACCCUAACUUUAACCAUUGGAAAGCAAAUUGACCUUAGAUCAGUGUUUGAGGAGCCAGUACAUCCUACUCCUAAUUACUCCUCAGACCCUAACCUUGACCAUUAGUAGGAAAAACUGACCUAAGAUCAGUGUCUAUAAGGGCAACUUCAUCCUGCUCACUGUUUUGGUCCUGUACUGUUACUGCACUGUAACCUCAGGUCCACCAGCCUCUCCUCUGAUUGUUAAAUAAUGACCAUGCAGCAGUAAUAGUCAUGCAGGCAGACAGACAUGUUGGCUAGCCAAGCUGGGUCCCAGACGGUCUUCCACACAGGCACUUAGCCUAGCAUUCACACAGAUGACUUAUCCACUAGCCGGAGUGCUGGGUUGGGUUUAACAGGCUCUAAAACAGACUGAAACAGGGUGGGAUUACCUGGUCCAAUAAGAAAGACUAAUUUUAGCUUCCCGUUGAAAAACAUUUUAAAACGUUUUACCUAAUGGAUAAGAUCCUGAAGUGCAGGCUGAAGAGAGGCGGAGUCUGAUAGUGAUGAGCUCGUUCUUCACUUUAGUAAACGCUUCCAAUCCCCCGUGGUGGUUGACAGUGUUAGAGUGCAGCAUUACAAUAGGUCCAUCUAUCCUGUCGCCGCGCAGAAUGUCAGUUGAAAUGGGCAGCUUGCCAUUUUGAUUCUAAUGACUGUUAUGUGGUGGCCUGCUUUUUGUAGAUUAUUUUUUUGUGUCUGGUUGACAUAGAAGGAUCUCUCACUCUCUGGUGAGAUUGGGCUGAAGUGCUGUCUCUGUAAAUCAAAUUCUGUAUCUGUGUUUUUUUGUAUGCGUGGCCAACAACACAACCGAAAUGUGUUGAAAGGCACCAUUAUUAGACUUUGGGGCAGGCAUUUGUAGUUUUUUGGCUUUACAUGAGGAUCCUCCUCUCUGUGAGAUUGGCUGAAGGCUUCCUCGUAAAAAAUCUGAGGUUUGAGCGGGCAAAACAACAAUUGUAAAGCACCUAAAUGAACUUGAGAAAAUCCCAGCUCUUCAUCUCAUCACCAUACUCUCAAUAUCUCAUCCCAUGCUACUCACCCUCAUCAAACAUCUCUACGCUGAGUCCACUCUCAUCUCUCCGCUAUAUCUCACCUCAAUACUCUCCUCACGAUGACUAAUCCAUUACACCUGCCUCAUCUAUCUCCUCACCUGCUUCUCACAUCCUCAAUUCUCACCUCACACUGUUCACCUCAUCCAAUCUUACUCACUGAUUCAUACCAUACCUCAAUAUCUCAUGCUACACUCAGUUAUCCACCUCCUCCAUCAUUCUCCGCUUCCAUCCUUAUCUCCCUCUCCCUGCUUCUCCCCUCCUCCAUCUCUCUCUCCCUCCUUUUCACCUCCUCCCUCUCCCUCCUUCUCCCCUCCUCCGUCUCUCUCUCCCUCCUUUCUCCCCUCCUCCACCUCCCUCUCCCUCCUUCUCCCCUCCUCCAGCUCUCUCCCUCCCCUCCACUGCCUUCUCUCCCUCUCUGUCUGUGUUUUUGUAGUAAUGUAUGAUAUUGAUCCAAUAAACAGGAUUAGAAAUUCUAAAUUCUCUCUCUCUCUCCAUCCUAGAUGACAUGGCGUCCUCAGUAUCGCAGCUCCAAGUUCCGCCACGUGUUUGGUAAGGCCGCCACCAAGGAGAACUGCUACGAUGGCGUGCCCAUCACGCGGAGUGUCCACGACAACCACUUCUGCGCCGUCAACCCGCGCUUCAUCGCCGUCAUCACAGAGUGUGCCGGGGGCGGAGCCUUCCUGGUCCUCUCUGUCCAUCACGUGAGUCUCCGCCCACCUUUGCUUUUUUGAGAAAUGGAUGUGAAAUCUCUCUCUCUAUCUUUCUCUCCUCGAGGUAGAAGUUUUUCUUAAGCAUAGCUCUGGUAUAUGACCCUGUGUCAGUGGUUAGGGCUAACUUCUACCUACAGGGUGAUGUCAUUGUUGGUGAAUUAGUGAGUAUUUGAAGGUCUUUACAUUUGAUAGAUUCUGGGCGUAUUGUAUGAGAUGUCCUGUUGUGUUAUAUUACCUAUAAUGUCUGUUUUUAGCUUUGACUUUUCAUUUUGAGGUAUCCCUCCAACACCUCUAUAGUCUGUUGCUAAGGCUGAUGUUUUGGGGGGGUUCACUUCAAACAGUGCCCGAGCCAAAGACCGGCAAAAAAAAAACAGAAAGAAAAUGCAGCUAAAGUUAAACAGUCUAACCCAUAACUUUCCCUCCUAAAACGCCUGUCAUCUUUAUUUUUUUACCCCUCCACAAACUUCCUCCCUCCUUCCUUUUGCUGUCUAGAUAUGAAUAAUCUAUCUUACUUGUAAAUGAUGUAUAUGAAGAUGUCCUUAUUAUGUAUAGCCUCUUAUCACAGUCAGUGGUGUUAUCAGUGGAGGCAUUGCAUUGAUCUCUCCACUGAACUUGGCGUUCUCUUUCAACUCCCUGUAUGGCUAUGGCACCUCCAGACCUCUUCACCUGAACAUCAGCUGAAUUUACAGGCUUUCAUUUAUCUCAGACCUGCAGUGAUUAAUCAGAAAGACUCUCGAUCUGACCUGCAGUGAUUAAUCAGAAAGACUCUCGAUCCGACCUGCAGUGAUUAAUCAGAAAGACUCUCGAUCCGACCUGCAGUGAUUCAUCAGAAAGACUCUCGAUCCGACCUGCAGUGAUUCAUCAGAAAGACUCUCGAUCCGACCUGCAGUGAUUAAUCAGAAAGACUCUCGAUCCGACCUGCAGUGAUUCAUCAGAAAGACUCUCGAUCCGACCUGCAGUGAUUCAUCAGAAAGACUCUCGAUCCGACCUGCAGUGAUCAUCAGAACGACUGCGUGAUUCAUCAGAAAGACUACUCGAUCCGACCUGCAGUGAUUCAUCAGAAAGACUCUCGAUCCGACCUGCAGUGAUUCAUCAGAAAGACUCUCGAUCCGACCUGCAGUGAUUCAUCAGAAAGACUCUCGAUCCGACCGCAUGAUAGUGAUGUCAUCAGAAAGACUCUCGAUCCGACCUGCAGUGAUUCAUCAGAAAGACUCUCGAUCCGACCUGCAGUGAUUCAUCAGAAAGACUCUCGAUCCGACCUGCAGUGAUUCAUCAGAAAGACUCUCGAUCCGACCUGCAGUGAUUCAUCAGAAAGACUCUCGAUCCGACCUGCAGUGAUUCAUCAGAAAGACUCUCGAUCCGACCUGCAGUGAUUCAUCAGAAAGACUCUCGAUCCGACCUGCAGUGAUUCAUCGAAAGACAUCGAUCCGACCUGCAUGAUUCAUCAGAAGACUCUCGAUCCGACUGCAGUGAUUCAUCAGAAAGACUCUCGAUCCGACCUGCAGUGAUUCAUCAGAAAGACUCUCGAUCCGACCUGCAGUGAUUCAUCAGAAAGACUCUCGAUCCGACCUGCAGUGAUUCAUCAGAAAGACUCUCGAUCCGACCUGCAGUGAUUCAUCAGAAAGACUCUCGAUCCGACCUGCAGUGAUUCAUCAGAAAUACUCUCUUUCCGACCUGCAGUGAUUCAUCAGAAAGACUCUCGAUCCGACCUGCAGUGAUUCAUCAGAAAGACUCUCGAUCCGACCUGCAGUGAUUCAUCAGAAAGACUCUCCGCCGCUCCAUCUUUUCUCUCAUCUUUUCCCUGAUAUUUUCCGCCUUCUUCUUAAAGGGGUCUCUCUCUGAAUGUAUCAUGCUCCUCUUCUUGGCUCAGACAGGAGUUACAUAGGGGCUCAGGAAUGACAUAACUCACCUAUUUCCCCCUCCCUCUGUUGCAAGGAGUUGAAACUAUGGCUUGUCUCAGAGACCCCCCCCCCCCCCCUCCCCCCCGACAUACACACACAGGCAUGCACACACACACACCGUUCGGGUCCCUAUAAUCGAAUAAAUGUAUGACCCAUCUCUCUCUCUGAUAGCAUGUUCUUAGACUGAGUCAUUCAUGUAGUUUCAAGGCUCGCCCCCCCUAUCCCAAACACACCUUGCCUACACACACACACCAUGCUCUUCCUGGACACCAAUGAUGUCAUGGAGUGUGUGUGUGUUGUGUCAGUCAUCGGAUUACUGCAUUCUUAAACUUCUUGAAUUGUCUUGAUGCAAAUCAUAUUGAGACCGAAAGGAUUGCGUAAUACCACACAUGUUGUGUUAAACAAUAGUGAAUAGUGAACACGCCCCUGCAUUGCUCAAGAUGCUCACCUCUGUCAUAAGUUGCUGAUCUUGAUACAUUCUGUCUAGAUGGAUUCAGGAAGUGUCUGAGUUGACAGACCUCUAAAGAAUAAAAAAUAUCAGUAAGGUUGGCUUUUUAAACUGUUUUUACACUCUUUCUCAAAUAACUACUUUAUGUACCACCUUUGCCAUCAUGUUAGCAUAGCCAACUAGGGUAUUGAAGUGAAUUAUUCACAAACUAUUCCUUAAUGUCAUUGCCUAUUGCUCAAUGGGCAUGCUGUGUUGCCUUGCAUAGACUUGCUGGUUAGUUCUCUAGUGAGGUAUCAUUAAGUAUGCUGAGGUAGGCUGCCUGUCCUGACCUGUAAAGAGGAGUCAGACUUAAGAUUAAGAUUGUUAAGAAUUUCUUCUGACAUGGUUCUUUCUUGACUUCUUCUGCCGAUUACAUCAUGCAUACCUGGACGAAUUCUGUCCCUGACUUUGAAUACUCUACAUUUGUUGAUCGGUUUCUUCAAGUAAUGAAUAUACAUUUUACCUUUUGAUUUACCCUGUUUACCUUCAGUCCUUUUUUUUAAUGUAUAGAAAUGUGUAGGCAGGAUAUAUGUAUAGAAAUUUGUAGGCAGGAUAUACAGUACAAGUCAAAAGUUUGGAUACACCUACUCAUUCACAGGUUUUUCUUUAUUUUUACUAUUUUUUACAUUGUAGAAUAAUAGUGAAGACAUCAAAACUUUGAAAUAGCACAUAUGGAAUCAUGUAGUAACCAAAGAAGUGUUAAACAAAUCAAAAUAUAUUUUACACUCUUGGCAUUCUCUCAACCAGCUUCACCUGGAAUGCUUUUCCAACAGUCUUGAAGGAAUUCCCACAUAUGCUGAGCACUUGUUGGCUGCUUUUCCUUCACUCUGCCGUCCGACUCAACCCAAACCAUCUCAAUUGGGUUGAGGUCGCGGGAUUGUGGAGGCCAGGUCAUCUGAUGCAGCACUCCAUCUUUCUCCUUAUUUGUAAAAUAGCCCUUACACAGCCUGGAGGUGUGUUGGGUCAUUGUCCUGUUGAAAAACAAAUGAUAGUCCACUAAGCCCAAACCAGAUGGGAUGGCGUAUCGCUGCAGAAUGCUGUGGUAGCCAUGCUGGUUAAGUGUGCCUUGAAUUCUAAAUAAAUCACGGACAGUGUCACAAGCAAAGCACCCCCACACCAUAACACCUCCUCCUCCAUGCUUUACGGUGGGAACUAUACAUGUGGAGAUCAUCCGUUCAACCACGCACGUCUCACAGUGGUUUGAACCAAAAUCUCAAAUUUGGACUCCAGACCAAAGGACACAUUUCCACCGGUCUAAUGUCCAUUGCUCGUGUUUCUUGGCCCAAGUAGGUCUCUUCUUCUUAUUGGUGUCCUUUAGUAGUGGUUUCUUUGCAGCAAUUCGACCAUGAAGGCAUGAUUCAUACAGUCCCCUCUGAACAGUUGAUUUUGAGCUGUGUCUGUUACUUGAACUAUGUGAAGCAUUUAUUUGGGCUGCAAUUUCUGAGGCUGGUAACUCUAAUGAACUUAUCCUCUGCAGCAGAGGUAACUCUGGGUCUUCCAUUCCUGUGGCGGGCCUCAUGAGAGCCAGUUUCAUCAUAGUGCUUGAUGGUUUUUGCGACUGCACUUGAAGAAACUUUCAAAGUUCUUGAAAUGUUCCGUAUUGACUGACCUUAAUUUCUUAAAGUAAUGAUGGACUGUCGUUUCUCUUUGCUUAUUUGAGCUGUUCUUGCCAUAAUAUGGACUUGGUCUUUCACCAAAUAGGGCUAUCUUCUGUAUACUAACCCCCCCCCCCCCCCUGUCACAACACAACUGAUUGGCUCAAACGCAUUAAGAAGGAAAUAAAUUCAGAGUGAAGGAAAAGCAGCCAACAAGUGCUCAGCAUAUGUGGGAUCUCCUUCAAGACUGUUGGAAAAGCAUUCCAGGUGAAGCUGGUUGAGAGAAUGCCAAGAGUGUGCAAAGCUGUCAUCAAGGCAAAGGGUGGCUAUUUGAAGAAUCUCAAAUAUAACAUAUAUUUUGAUUUGUUUAACACUUUUUUGGUUACUACAUGAUUCCAUAUGUGUUAUUUCAUAGUUUUGAUGUCUUCACUAUUAUUCUAUAAUGUAGAAAAUAGUAAAAAUAAAGAAAAACCCUUGAACGAGUAGGUGUGUCCAAACUUUUGACUGGUAGUGUAUGUACAGAAAUGUGUAGGCAGGAUAUAGAGUAUCUAAUGUAAUGAUGAAUGAGAUCCAACCUCAGACUCUAGCUCCACCUUCUCUUGGCCCCAUGGCCCCAUGGCCCCAUGGCUCCUAGGAACCUUACAAACACACACUGACUUUGUCUGUGUUUUUCAGACAGGGAAGGUGGACCCCCAUCACCCCAAAGUGUCUGGCCACCGAGGUAACGUACUGGAUAUCAAAUGGAACCCCUUCAACGACUUCUGUAUAGCAUCCUGCUCAGAGGACUCCACGGUCAGUAGUGCACACACACACACACACACACACACACAUAAAAUCACCUUUCCAUUCCUGACAUUUCAUACCACUGACUAAGCAGCAGACGGGUUAAGAACAACAACUUUUAAACAGUCAAAGAUAACUAGAGGGCCUAGUUAAAGUUGUCUGAAGUCCUGACCUCUACUACCACUUGUAACAUGUUGGAGAGUUCCAACUCAUCAUUGUGUGUUAUGUAUUAGCCGCUUGUCAGUCUCAGAUUCCUCACCUUUCAGUUUGGCAAUGUGAGCUGGCUCUAGUCAAUGGUUGAGCUUGGCUCUAGUCAAUGUAUGUAACUUUGUAUGUGUGUGUGUGUGCCUGUGUGUCUGUCUGUGUGCAUUUGUGUGUGUGUUGCUCUAACAGGUGAAGGUCUGGGACAUCCCUCCCCAUGGUAUGCUGAAGAACCUGACGGUUGCCGUGGAAGGAGCUGCAGGGUCACAGCCGCAGGGUGGGCCUCAUCGAGUGGCACCCUACUGCCAACAAUGUGCUCUUCAGCACUGGCUAUGACUACCAGGUAACACACACCACCCACGCUAACCCACAGAUACACAAGCUCAUAUAUACAGUGCCUUCAGAAAGUAUUCACACCCCUUGACUUUUUCCACAUUUUGUUGUGUGACAGCCUGAAUUUAAAAUUGAUUACAUUUAGAUUUUGUGUCACUGAUCUACACACAAUAUCCCAUAAUGUCAAAGUGGAAUUAUGUUUUUAGACAUUUUUACAAAUUAAUAAAAAAUGAAAAGCUGAAAUGUCUUGCAUCAUUAAGUAUUCAACCUCUUUGUUACGGCAAGCCUAAAUAACUUCAGGAGUAACAUUUGUAUUAACAAGUCACAUGGUCUCUAUGUGCAAUAAUAGUGUUUAACAUUAUUUUUGUAUGACUACCUCAUCUCUGUACUCGACAAUUAUCUGUAAGGUCCCUCAGUCGAGCAGUGAAUUUCAAGCACAGAUUCAACGACAAAGACCAGGGAGUUUUUCCAAUGCCUGACAAAGAAGGGCACGAUAGGUAGAUGUGUAGAAAUAAAUAAAAAAAGCAGACGUUGAAUAUUCCUUUGAGCAUGGUUGUUAUUAAUUACACUUUGGAUGGUGUAUCAAUACACCAAGUCACUACAAAAAUACAGGCGUCCUUCCUAACUCAGCUGUCGAAGAGGAAGGAAACCGCUCAGAGAUUUCACCAUGAGGCGAAUGGUGAUUUUAAACCUGUUACAGCGUUAAAUGGCUGUGAUAGGAGAAAAGUGAGGAUGGAUCAACAACAUUGUAGUUACUCCACAAUACUAACCUAAAUGACAGAGUGAAAAGGAAGCCUGUACAGAAUAAAAAUAUUCCAAAACAUGCAUCUUGUUUGCAAUAAGGCACUAAAGUAAUACUGCAAAAAAUGUGGCAAAGAAAUUAACUUUAUGUCCUGAAUACAAAGUGUAAUGUUUGGGGCAAAUCCAACACAACAUCACUGAGUACCCUUCUUCAUAUUUUCAAGCAUGGUGGUGGCUGCAUCAUGUUGUGUGUAUGCUUGUCAUCGGCAAGGGAGAUUUUUUAGGAUAAAAAGAAAAGGAAUAGAGCUAAGCACAAGCAACAUGCUAGAGGAAAACCUGGUUCAGUCUGCUUUCCAACAGACACUGGGAGACAAAUUCACCUUUCAGCAGGACAAUAACCUAAAACACAAGGCCAAAUACACACUGAUUGCUUACCAAGACAAUAUUGAAUGUUCUUGAGUGGCUUAGUUACAGUUUUGACUUAAAUCGGCUUGAAAAUCUUUGGCAAGACUUGAAAAUGGCUGUCUAGUAAUGAUCCUCUGUAGCUCAAUUGGUAGAGCAUGGCGCUUGUAACGCCAGGGUAGUGGGUUCGAUCCCCGGGAUCACCCAUACGUAAAAAUAUAUGCACACAUGACUGUAAGUCGCUUUGGAUGAAAGCGUCUGCUAAAUGGCUUAUUAUAUUAUCAACAACCAACUUGACAGAGCUUGACAAAUUAAAAAAAUUAUAAUGGGCAAAUAUUGUACAAUACAGGUUUGCAAAGCUCUUAGAGACUUACCCAGAAAGACUCACAGGUGUAAUCGCUGCCAAAGGUGAUUCUAACAUGUAUUGACUCAGGGGGUUGAAUAUUUAUCUAAUCAAAAUAUAUUUGUGUUUUAUUUUCCAUUAAUAAAAUAAAAUGUUAGAAUUUUUCUUCCACUUUGACAGAGUAUUUUGUAUAGAUCGUUGACAAAAAAAAAAGACAAUUAAAUCAAUUUUAAUCCCACUUUGUAACACAACAAAAUGUGGAAAAAGUCAAGGGGUGUGAAUACUUUCUGAAGGCACUGUACACUCACACUCAAAGACAAAUACCCAAUAGUGAGAGCUAACCAGGAAAUAGCAUUGGCGAGUAUCAGUAUUGAAAUGCAGCCUAACGGGUCACUACAUUCUACUGCAGCUUAUUCUGCUUGGCAAAGUCCAACAGUAAGCAUCACGGUCACUGUCUAUCUGCCAGACAUGAACAUUGCUCUUUGUUGACCUAUAAAGAUUCCUUGGCAAUCUAUUGUAGCUCCUCAAUACUUGAAUAUUAGACGCCCAUGUAGGAAUCUACUGUAUAAGAAUGUCAAAUGUGGUUGGAAAUAGGGCUGAUAAGGUGACUGUAUUACCGCCACACCAGCAGUCACAAGUCAUGACGGCUGUCAAAUUCCACAUGACCGUUUUAGUCACGGUAAUUAGGCUUCUCCAAGCUCUGAUGCUGCUGAUAGUCAUUAGUAGCCUACCAAACUUGUUAACUGCCUCUUACUCAGCACUCUAUUGUCCCUCUAAUCACUCUGUCAUCAAUGCAAAUGUCAUCGAAAUCUUAUCAAACGCUUCAUGAGAGCCCAUGAGCUCAUGUUGCGCAACAUUUCUAUAGGCUAUGCAAUUGCGUGAGAAAGCAGAAAGCAGAGUGAUGGCCUCUAUUAAAAAGAGGAGGAUCCCAUCAGCUUUCUAUAGGCUAGGCCUACUAUAUUUGUUUCUCAACUUUCCUAAUAUUAAGCACAUUGCUUCUCUUUACAACAGGAGUAUAGCCUACCUGGCUGACAUAAAAAUUAACCACGGGAAAAGCGUCCUCCAUUCGCUAUUUAAGUGCAUAGAUUACAUGUAUUUUUUUCCGCUACAGGUGCAUGAUAAUGGUCCAUUCCAAAAUCAAAACAAAUUUCACACAUACACUACCGUUCAAAAGUUUGCGGUCACUUAGAAAUGUCCUUGUUUUCGAAAGAAAAUCAAUUUUUUUGCCCAUUAAAAUAACAUCAAAUUGAUCAGAAAUACAGUGUAGACAUUGUUAAUGUUGUAAAUGGCUAUUGUAGCUGGAAACGGCUGAUUUUUAAUGGAAUAUCUACAUAGGCGUACAGAGGCCCAUUAUCAGCAACCAUCAGUCUUGUGUUCCAAUGGCAUGUUGUGGUUGCUAAUCCAACUUUAUCAUUUUAAAAGGCUAAUUGAUCAUUAGAAAACCCUUUUGCAAUUAUGUUAGCACAGCUGAAAACUGUUGUGCUGAUUAAAGAAACAAAACACCAGUCUCAACGUCAACAGUGAAGAGGCGACUCUGGGAUGCUGACCUUCUAGGCAGAGUUGCAAAGAAAAAGCCAUAUCUCAGACUGCCCAUCUUAAUCUUUUCUUUUUUUUGGCCAGUCUGAGAUAUGGCUUUUACUUUGCAGCUAUGCCUAGAAGGUCAGCAUCCCGGAGUCGCCUCUUCACUGUUGACGUUGAGACUGGUGUUUUGCGGGUACUAUUUAAUGAAGCUGCCAGUUGAGGACCUGUUGCAAAAGGGUUUUCUAAUGAUCAAUUAGCCUUUUAAAAUGAUAAACCUGGAUUAGCAAACACAACGUGCCAUUGGAACACAGGACUGAUGGUUGCUGAUAAUGGGCCUCUGUACGCCUAUGUAGAUAUUCCAUAAAAAAUCGGACUAUGUUUGGAAUAUUUAUUUCUCGCACAGAAUAUAAUAGGUCAACUUUUGUACUAUGGGGAUAGUAGAUUGACAUAGGCUAGUGCUUUUGCGGUUCUUUAGGCCUACUCAUCUUGUUGGCUGACAAAAAGUACAUGUGGACAGUUCUUCCAAUAUCUUCAAUAUGCGCCUCGGAAUUCGAUAAGGACGCGCGCAGUUGCGUCCCCGAUGUGUCUGUCUUCACUUGUAGCCUGUGAGGAAGACCCGAUCACGUGACGGAGAGCCAUGUGAGUGAGAGGUACUUCGGCACGCAGCUGGGCGAAGGGAAUUAUAAUUAUUAUAUUCAGCCCAAGGGCACAAUGGCCACUGGCCAUAAAAGGCAUGGAUUUUUUUAGGGGGCAUUACGACCACACAAAGGGGAUGCAGCCGGGAAAUUCGAGGUAUUAUCAAGUGCUUGUCAAAUUGUGAAUGAGAGACUGAUGAAGUGUGUACAGCCUGCGCAAAAAACAAAGCAGAGCUCAUUCCUUUCACACAACUUUUUUCAAAUCAUCAUUAGUCGCAUCAUGCAGCCUUAGAAUGUAUUAAAAAUCUAAACAUAUAGCCCAACAUUUGUAUCACAUAUUACAUAAAUAACUCUAAAUUAAGCAUUACCUGUUUCUUUGUUAACAGCUCAACACAGAAUAGCCGCAUGUGCACACUCCCUCAAAUCGUUUGGAGAAAAUAUCCUUUCUAUUUUAUUCAGCUUUGUUCAAUUGUAUUCUUCAUACUAUAAAAUAAUAUAAAAUAAUGCCACGGAAUUCUAAGCAAAUCUUGUCUGCUAAAUGAACUAGUGUAGCCCACAGCCAUAUGGCAUAGCCAGAUCAGGGCCUAACCUAAGGACAACUCAGAGUAUGCUAUUCUGUUCUUCUGAAAUAGACUACAUUUUCUUCAUAUCAUGUUUCUUUAGACCUGUCUAAAAUAAAUAAUGGAUUUAUUGUGAUGGUGUAGGCUAUAUUACAUGGAUUUAUUAAGACUUUUUUAAAUGUAGAUGUUCCAAAGGUCUCUAUCAGUGGCUUGUAGGCUAUGCGUGGAAGACAGGAGAUGCUAAAUGUGUUUAUGUUAAUUAACGGUAAAUUACCUUUAGACCGGCAGUUAUUUGCUUGAUAAUCACCGGCUGACAGAAUGUAAUGACCGCCACAGCCCUAGGUGGAAACAAACUAAAACUAAAAACACACACACCCUGCUCGCCUGUCAAGUUACAGAAUUUAAAAUACUUUGUCAAUCCGUUUGUACUUUCAGUAUCUGAUUUCAUAACGUGUGUGUGUGUGUGUGCGUGUGCGUCCUUCCCCAGGUGAUGAUCUGGAACCUGGACUGUCCUGAGGCGGUAAUAAAGAAUCCAGUCCGGACCAUCAGCCACCACACUGACGUGGUGCUCUCCAUGUCCUUCAACACAGAUGGCAGCAGACUGGCCACGUCCUGCAAGGACAAGAAGAUCAGAGUUCUAGAGCCGCGCACUGGGAAUCUGCUACAGGUGUGUACGGGUGGGGUUGCUGGGUGUGAAGGGGUUUGUGUGUAGGAUUCCAUUUUUUUAUUCAUAAUGCCGUUGUCACCGGUAACAGUGAUUGAGUGUGUGUAUGUGCAUGAAUACUAUUUAUAUCAACAUGGCGCUUAGUGUCCAGCCUGAGCAAUAUGGUUACUAAGUUGUCAGAAAGGAUUCUCCCUCUCUCCCUGUCCUGUGCUCCUCCAGCACCACACAGCCAAAACUGACACCUCCCCAUCGGCCGCCCCAUAGACCACUGGGGUCAGCACCCAGCCACCCCAUAACUCAUGUCCUCUGUCUGUUCUCACCCGCCUCUCCGCCCCUCAAACCAGCUGACGUGGCAAUGUGCAGAGAGUGACACAGUGAUAUUGCAAAGACCUAUUUGUGGAGACGCGAUGUGCUGACGUUUCAAAUAUCAUCAUGUUUAUACAGAAACCAAUAGACUGUUUACUUCUGAAACUACUGAAACCCCAGGAGCAUGAUACCCAUAACAUCUCACAUACUGUGAUGUCAUGUAAAUACAGUAGUUAAAACAACUCUGUAGGGUUAUGUAUCCACCCAUCUGUCUUCCUGAACGGGGCAUUGCUUCAAAUUAUAUAAUUUCAUUUCUGACCAAUCUGGUUAAAUAUAGACUCAAUAAAACAUUUCAAAAUAAACCUCUUCUCAUAGACCUUUUUGUUUUUGUAUUUGUUUCCUGCUGUAUGUUUCAGGAGGCCAACUGUAAGAACCACAAAGCCAGCAAGGUGCUGUUCCUGGGGAACCUCAAGAUGCUGCUGUCCACCGGCAACUCCCGCUGGAACCACAGACAGAUGGCCCUCUGGGACCAGGUACACAACCACACUACUAGGAUCAGCUGUCUCACCGACAAUCUCUGAUCUCAACCAUUAAGGAUAUGUAAAACUGACCUUAGAGCAGUGUAUAGGAGCACCUUCAGCUUACUUUGGUAGAGGCUGCUCUAUGGAACAGUGCUAGGAACAGCUUACUUCCCCAAUUCAAAAUCCAUAGGGGGGGGCAAAUUCAAAACUGACCUUAGAUCAGUGUCUAUUAGUGGUGACUUCAUCUUAUUCUGAUUAGACAACGGCUCCCUCUGGUGCCUAAUGGGUGUAUCCCACAAUGGAAAUCCUGCGGGAUGCUUUCAUGUCAAAGCCCCAAACACAGAUAGUAUCUGUUUUGGUUAUGUCAUUUAUGAUCUGAUCCCUCCAUGUGUGUGUUUGUUGCACAACAACAAGUAUUUGAUUUGAAACCCGAUGUUUGUUGGUGUGUGUGUGUGUAUCUGAGUGGGCGGGGGGAUUAUGACUGCAACACGGAUUAGGGUUUUUUAAACAGUCAAUCUUUUUAAUUCUGUACUGGGAGACAUGUUCAUGUUAGGUCCACUUGAAACCUCCAUUCUUAUUGAAGUAAUAAGGUGUUCUUGCCUUUUAACAAGUUUAGUUGAUUAAGUAAAUAAUAUACUUUCUCUCUCGUGUGUGUGUGUCUACAGGAGGACCUAGAUGUGCCUUUGUUACAGGAGGACCUAGAUGGUUCGUCUGGGGUGCUCUUCCCUUUCUAUGACCCAGACACACACAUGCUGUACAUAGCAGGGAAGGUGGGUCUCUGGUACCUGGCUGAUAGAAACACAACACAUUCCCAUCAAGGGCUUCUGAAUGAAUGAAUUCUAAUAUGUUUUAAUGGUUGACUCUUGAAGAACAAGAGCACACCCACAUUUAUUUCAUGUAUUUGAGUUUGCCUACAUGUUUGACUGGUGUCUCUCUCUCUCUCUCUCUCUCCCUCUCUCUCUCCGCCUCUGUCACUUUCUGUCUCUCUCUCCAUCUGUCCUCUCUCUCUCUCUCUCUCUCUCUCUCCUCUCUCCAUCUCCAUCUCUGUCGAUCUCUGUCCUCUCUUUGUCUCUCUCCCCGCUCUCUCUCUCCCUCUCUUUCUCUCUGUCUCUCUCUCCAUCUCUGUGUCUCUCUCUCAGGGCGAUGGUAAUAUCAGGUACUAUGAGAUCAGCUCAGAGAAGCCCUACAUGCACUUCCUCACAGAGUACCGCUCGCAUACUCCUCAGAAAGGAAUGGGUAAGCACACAGACUCACACACACACACACACACACACACAGACUCACACACACAUACACACACACACACACACUGUGUGCGCCUGCAACCAAACCAGAUGUGCAAAUGAUCCAGCUGAUUUGACUAGCCAAAGAGGUGAUGACGAGGCUUUCAGUCAUGAGUUUUGAUGACAGUGACUUACAACAUGAAUAACCCUACCAUCAGCAGUAACAACAGAAGCACUGGGGUUGAUAGUGGUGGAGCAGCGGCACUAGUUCCAUUUGACAUUUUGAUUCAUUUAGCGAAUGCUCUUAUCCUCUGUCUCUGGAGUUUAACAACUGAAUCACCGUUGAAGGGCUUGAAUAGGACGCAAAGUCAAAUUGCAGUCCCUUGUUGGCAAGACUUGGAAUCAACAAAGUCAACAAGUUGGACAUGGACAGUAUCGAACAAUGAAACCGUGAUUGAGAUGGGAGUGUUUGUCUGAUGCUGACUAGACCGGCUACGUUGCGUGCGUGAGCGUUGCUAAGUAAACGUACACAUACAGUACAUGUUAUUCAAUCGUUUCAUCCAAACUGCUCGCGUCAACGGGCAACUGCGUAGCCAGGCGCUAAAAUAGAACUUGGUUCUAUUUGAGACGCUUGACGCAUUGCAAGUCCCGCCUCUCCCAUCUAGUCAUUGGUUUUUCAUGAGCAUAUUAACCCACGUGGGGAUUGAAAGAUGAACGAGGAGGGAUUAAUCAAAGAAAACUAACUAGGUUUCCCCUUUUAUUUGUGGAUUAAUUGUUGGAGUAGAAAACACACGAUUUUGUAUGACUCAAAAUGGGUCCAAAUUCUACAAACAUCCAGCUACAAAAAGGACCAUAUGCAUUUCAGUUCAAAUAACAACCCAAUGUUUGUCUCACAGGAAAAAUUAGUUAGCAAAAGCAAGCUAGCUAAAUGUACAUUAAUGUUUCAUGUGUGUUUUGACCUGUUCCCAAAUUAAUAUAGUUGCUUCACAGUUGGUUUUGGUAUUUUAACCUGCGUGUCAUGAACAUGUCUGGUAGGGAUAGACAAAAUCAAUAAGCGCACGAUGGCGCACACAUGGGGCCGGUUUGGUCAAGGUGUCAGAAACAGGCAGUGCUACUAACUCCCUGUGUGUGUGUGUGUGUGUGUGUGUGUGUGUGUGUGUGUGUGUGUGUGUGUGUGUCCCUCCACCCUCAGGUAUCAUGCCAAAGAGAGGCCUGGAUGUGAGUUCCUGUGAGGUGUUCAGGUUCUACAAACUGGUGACGAUCAAGGCCCUUAUCGAGCCCCUCUCCAUGAUCGUACCUCGUAGGGUAAGAACCCCUGACACACCAACACAGAGGACCAGAACACUUAGGGUCACAAUCUACUGAGCACUAGAACACUAUAUAGUCAAUCUACUGAGCACUAGAACACUAUAUAGUCAAUCUACUGAGCACUAGAACACUAAUAGCAAUAUCUACUGAGGCACUAGAAACAUAUAUUCAAUCUACUGAGCAAAACAUAUUAGUCAAACUCUGACACAGACACUAUAUAGUCAAUCUACUGGCACAGAACUAGAAAUCAAACUACUGAGCACAGAACACUAUUAGUCAAUCUACUGAGCACUAGAAACUAUAUAGUAAACUCUGGACUAGAACAAUAUAGUCCAAAACUACUGAGGCCAAACACUUAGAGUCACAAUCUAUGAGCACUAGAACCUAAUAUAAAUCUACUGAGCACUAAAACACAAUAUAGUCAAUCUACGACACUAGAACACUAUAUAGUCAAUCUACUGAGCACUAGAACACCAUAUAGUCAACUACUGAGCACUGGGAAAACUUAUGUCAAACUACUGGCACUAGAACACAAUAUAGUCAAUCUACUGAGCACUAGAACACAAUUAGUCAACUACUGAGCACUAGAAACACUAUAUAGUCAAUCUACUGAGGGACUAGAACACAAUAUAGUCAACUACUGAGCACUAGAACACAAUAUAGUCAAUCUACUGAGCACUAGAACACGAAUAUAGUCAAUCUACUGAGCACUAGAACACAAUAUAGUCAAUCUACUGAGCACUGGAACACAUUAUAGUCAAUCUACUGAGCACUAGAACACAAUAUAGUCACAAUCUACUGAGCACUAGAACACUAUAUAGUCAAUAUACUGAGCACUAGAACACCAUAUAGUCAAUCUACUGAGCACUGGAACACAUUAUAGUCAAUCUACUGAGCACUAGAACACAAUAUAGUCAAUCUACUGAGCACUAGAACACAGUAUAGUCAAACUACUGAGCACUAGAACACUAUAUAGUCAAUCUACUGAGCACUAGAACACAAUAUAGUCAAUCUACUGAGCACUAGAACACAAUAUAGUCAAUCUACUGAGCACUAGAACACUAUAUAGUCAAUCUACUGAGCACUAGAACACCAUAUAGUCAAUCUACUGAGCACUGGAACACAUUAUAGUCAUCUACUGAGCACUAGAAACCAAUUAGUCAAUCUACUGAGCACUAGAAAACAAUAUAGUUAAUCUACUGAGCACUAGAACACAAUAUAGUCACAAUCUACUGAGCACUAGAACACUAUAUAGUCAAUAUACUGAGCACUAGAACACUAUAUAGUCAAUCUACUGAGCACUAGAACACAAUAUAGUCAAUCUACUGAGGACCAGAACACUUAGGGUCACAAUCUACUGAGCACUAGAACACUAUAUAGUCAAACUACUGACACUAGAACCUAUUAGUCACAAACUACGGGGCAUUAAACACAAAUUUGUCAAUCACUGAGCACUAGAACACUAUAUAGUCAAUCUACUGAGCACUAGAACACAUUAUGGUCAAUCUACUGAGCACUAGAACACAAUAUAGUCAAUCUACUGAGCACUAGAACACAAUAUAGUCAAUCUACUGAGCACUAGAACACUAUAUAGUCAAUCUACUGAGCACUAGAACACUAUAUAGUCAAAACUACUGAGCACUGGAACACAUAGUCAAUCACUGAGCACUAGAACACCUAUAGUCAAUCAACCUAGCCUAGCCUAUAUGUCAUCUCUGAGCACUAGAACACAAUAUAGCAAUCUACUGAGGACCAGGAAACACAUAGGUCACAACUACUGAGCACAGAACACAUAUAGUCAAUCUCUGACACUAGAACACAAUAUAGUCACAAUCUACGGAGCAUUAGAACACUAUAUAGUCCAUCAACUGAGCACUAGAACACUAUAUAGUCAAUCUACUGAGCACUAGAACACAUUAUGGUCAAUCUACUGAGCACUAGAACACAAUAUGUCCAAUCUACUGAGCACUAGAACCAAAAUAGUCAAACUACUGAGCACUAGAAAAACUAUAUAGUCAUCUACUGAGCACUGGAACACAUUAAGUCAAUCUACUGAGCACUAGAACACAAUAUAGUUAAUCUACUGAGCACUAGAACACAAUAUAGUCACAAUCUACUGAGCACUAGAACACUAUAUAGUCAAUCUACUGAGCACUAGAACACUAUAUAGUCUAUCUACUGAGCACUAGAACACAAUAUAGUCAAUCUACUGAGGACCAGAACACUUAGGGUCACAAUCUACUGAGCACUAGAACACUAUAUAGUCAAUCUACUGAGCACUAGAACACUAUAUAGUAAAUCUACUGAGCACUAGAACACAAUAUAGUCGAUCUACUGAGGACCAGAACACUAUAUAGUCAAUCUACUGAGCACUAGAACACAAUAUAGUCACAAUCUACUGAGCACUAGAACACUAUAUAGUCAAUCUACUGAGCACUAGAACACAAUAUAGUCAAAAUCUACUGAGCACUAGAACACUAUAUAGUCAAUCUACUGAGCACUGGAACACAUUAUAGUCAAUCUACUGAGCACUAGAACACAAUAUAGUCAAUCUACUGAGCACUAGAACACAAUAUAGUCACAAUCUACUGAGCACUAGAACACUAUAUAGUAAAUCUACUGAGCACUAGAACACAAUAUAGUCAAUCUACUGAGGACCAGAACACAUAGGGUCACAAUCUACUGAGCACGAGAACACUAUAUAGUCAAUCUACUGAGCACUAGAACACAAUAUAGUCACAAUCUACGGAGCAUUAGAACACUAUAUAGUCAAUCAACUGAGCACUAGAACACUAUUUAGUCAAUCUACUGAGCAACUAGAACACAUUAUGGUCAAUCUACUGAGCACUAGAACACAAUAUGUCAAUCUACUUUGGGACUAGAACACAAUAUAGUCAAUCUACUGAGCACUAUAACACUAUAUAGUCAUCUACUGAGCCUAGAACACAAUAUAGUCACAAUCUACUGAGCACUAGAACACUAUAUAGUCAAUCUACUGAGCACUAGAACACUAUAUAGUCACAAUCUACUGAGGACUAGAACACAAUAUAGUCACAAUCUACUGAGCCUAGAACACUAUAUAGUUUAUCUACUGAGCACUAGAACACAAUAUGUCAAUCUACUGAGCACUAGAACACUAUAUAGUCAAUCUACUGACACGGAAAACCUUAUAGUCAAACUACUGACACUGAACAAAUAGUCAAAACUCUGAGCACUAGAACACAAAAGUCACUCUACUAGCACUAGAAAACCCAUUGUCAAUCUACUGAGCACUAGAACCUUAAUCAAUCUACUACCUAGAACACUAUUUCAAUCUACUGAGCAUAGAACCUAUAAGUCAAACUACUGAGCACUAAACACUAUAUCAAACUACUCCCCUAGAACCCAUAUCAAACUACUGAGCCUAGAAAACAAUAUAUCCAAUCUACUGACCUAGAACACUAUAAGUCAACUCUGGCAUAACAUAUUGUAAAACACUGACCUAGAACACAAAAGUCAAACUAUGGGACCAAACACUUAGGGUCCAAAAACUGACACUAACACUUUAGUCAACUCUGAGCCUAGAGCACUAUAUUCAAUCUACUGGCCCCUAGAAAACCCCUUAUAGUCAAUCUAUGAGCAAAACACAUUAAUCAAUCUACUUUUGCCAAAACUUAAGUCAAACUACAGCACAAACAUAUAUAUCCAAUCACGAGCACUAGAAAACCCAUUAGUCCAAUCUACGGGGCACUAAACACUAUUUCUCACUGAGCACAGAACACCUUUUAGUCAUCACAGAGCCAGAACACAAUAUACAAAACUACUGAGCACUAGAACCAAAUAUCCCCCAAACCCUGGCACUAAACAGUAUAAUCAAUCUACGACACUAAAAACCCAUAUAGUCAAUCUACUGAGCACUAAACACAAUAUAGUCACAUCUCUGAGCACUAGACACUUAAUCAUCUACUGACCUAGAAAACCCAUUAUGUCAAUCUCUGAGCCUAAACCUUAUAGUCUCUCUGACACUAAACCAUAUAGUCCAACUACUGAGCACUAAACACAUUAUAUCAACUACUGGCACAGAACCAUAAGUCAAUUACUGAGCCUAGAACCAAUAUAGUCACAUCUACUGACACUAGAACACUAUAUAGUCAUCUCCCGAGCACUAGAAAACUUUUUCCAAACUCUGAGGGCUAAACCAAUAUUCACAAUCUACUGAGCACUAAACACUUUUAGUCAAUCUACUGAGCCUGAACCAAAUUUAAGUAAAAUCUAUGACAAAAACAUAUAUAGUCAAUCUACUGAGUACUAGAAACGUAUGCCCCCUUGAGGCAUAAACACAUAUAGCCCCAAAUCACUGAGCACUAAACAAAAUAAGUCACAAUCUUGAGCACUAACACUAUAUAUCACAAUUACUGGCACUAACACAAUAUAGUACAAUCUCUGGACAGAACCUAUAGUCAAAUUGACACUAGAAACAUAUAGCAAUCACUGGGGGCUAAACAAAAUUAGUCACAAACAUGAGCACUAAAACCUAUAUGUUUCUACUGAGCACUAGAACACAAUAAUAAAACCCAUGAGCCAGAACACAAUAAGUCCACAAUCUACUGAGCCCUAGACACAAUAAGACAAUCUACGAGCAUAAACACAAAUAAUCCAAUCAAUGAGCACUAAAACAAAUAGUCAUCUAGAGCACUAGAACAAAAUAGUCACAUCUACUGAGAUCACUGAGCACUAGAACAAAUAUAUCGUCCACAAUCUACUGGCACUAGACCGCAUAUAGUACAAUCUAUGAGCACAGAACACAAUAUAGUCAAUCUACUGAGCCACUAUAGAACACAAUAUAGUCAAUCUACUGAGCACUAGAACACAUAUAGUCACAAUCUACUGGACUAGAACACACAUAUAGUCACAAUCUACUGAGCACUAGAACACUAAUCAUCAUGAACUUACAAUUAGUCAAUCUACUGAGAGCACAAUAUAGUCAAUCUACUGAGCACUAGAACACAAUAUAGUCAAUCUACUGAGCACUAGAACACAAUAUAGUCAAUCUACUGAGCACUAGAACACAAUAUAGUCACAAUCUACUGAGCACUAGAACACAAUAUAGUCACAAUCUACUGAGCACUAGAACACAAUAUAGUCAAUCUACUGAGCACUAGAACACAAUAUAGUCAAUCUACUGAGGACUAGAACACAAUUAGUCACAACACUGAGCACUAACACAUAUCGUCAAUCUACUGAGCACUAGAACACAAUAUAGUCAAUCUACUGAGCACUAGAACACAAUAUAGUCACAAUCUACUGAUCCAAAUGCAUUAAUGCAAUGUAGUGAAGACAUGACAAUUCGGCAUCAACUGUGUGUACGUGUGUGUAUUUGCGCCCCCUGUAGUCGGAGUCGUACCAGGAAGACAUCUACCCCAUGACGGCGGCGAGUGCAGCCGCCAUGUCGGCCGAGGAGUGGCUCAGUGGCAUGGACAAAGGUCAGAGAUCACCACCACAGAGAGAGGGUGGUCGUAGGGAUGGGCAGGUGUAUCGUGUGCUGUUUUUCCAUAGUUUAAUAACUUGAAUUAUGCAAUGAGGAAACUGCAAUACAAAAGCACGAGUAGCUGGCUAUGCUGAGGAAAUGCAGAACUGUAUUUAAAAGGGAUUUGUACAUUAUCAGUAGUAUACGUUUAUUCAAGGGAUAUUUAUACAUGAUGUAUCGAAAAGUGUAUAGUGUAUUUCAAUAUGAUCAGAAUAAGGAUUAUCAGUAUAAGGGGUCAGCCAUCAGACAUGCAGGCGCUUUAAUUUACAGCAAGGUUACAAUGCUGUCUCUCCAUCUAAGGUCCUAAUAGAGCCUAAUGCUGGAUAUUAGUUCUCCAUUUGAGAUAACAUGUAUUCCAUUUGCUCCUCCCUUUAGCUGACCAUGAAAUCUGUUUACCUACAGUAGUUGCAGACCUGGGUUCAAAUAGUAUUUGAAAUCUUUCAAAUAUUUUGAGCGUUUUGCUUUAGCCUGCCAGGAGUACCAGAUGGGCCGGGUUUGCGGUUUUGAUACUAUUCUAUUGGUUCCAUUGCGUCAGGCAAACUCAAUCGAGCCCAGUUGAAGUAUUUCAAAUAGUGUUUGAACCCAGGUCUGCCUAGACGCCUCAGCUGCAUCCUAUUUGCUCCUCUACAAGAUGUGACAUUCUCAUUUGUCAUGUGAAUGGCCAGGAAGUUGUCCAUUAUGCAUCAUUCGUACGAUAUCUAUCUACCCUGCAAUGUCCUGUGCAAAGAAGACCCUACAAAGUUUAUAUUAUAUUGUCCUCUAUCAUGUCUUUGAACCUGAAUUUGGUUAUAAAUUGUGUUCAUAAUUCAACAUUUCUGCUGUUAAAUAAUAUAUACAGUACCAGUCAAAAGUUUGGACACACCUUCAUUCAAGGGUUUUUCUUUAUUUUUACUAUUUUCUACAUUGUAGAAUAAUAAUGAAGACAUCAAAACGCAUUAAGAAGGAAAUAAAUUCCACAAAUUAACUUUUAAGGAGGCACACCUGUUAAUUGAAAUGCAUUCCAGGUGACUACCUCAUGAUGCUGGUUGAGAGAAUGCCAAGAGUGUGCAAAGCUGUCAUCAAGGCAAAGGGUGGCUAUUUGAAGAAUCUCAAAUAUAAAAUAUUUUUAAAAAACAACUUGAAUGAGUAGGUGUGUCCAAACUUUUGACUGGUAGUGUAUAUAUGUUGACCUUCAAAGAAAUCUCGACAACGAUAGCAUUGUGUUGUGUUAUCAUCAACCAACCAUAUGUGAGACAGUAAGAACGUAAUCAUUACAUAAUGUUUGCUCGCUCACCUUCCACCUCCACUAGGCCCGGUGCUCCAGUCCCUGAAGCCUGGGAGUCGAGUACCAGACUCCUACCCAGAGCUGAGCUCUGGCCUGGGCAGCAAGGGGCUGGACAACUCCCUGGGCACCCGGAGGUCCCAGAGCCGGCCAGGCCAACUGCAGCUGGCAUACAUCCAGGACCAGCUGGGCAACAAGGAGGGCAAGGAGGGCAAGAGUAAGACCUCUGUCAGCAACGGACAGGACCCCACGCUCUGCUCACCUCCCAAAACAGAGAACGAGGUAUGGGGCGGUUUCGAUGUGAGUUACCCAGCCUGGCUGUAUACCAUUCUACUCUGGGUCGGGGAAUGUUUAUUGUAGGGUAGGGUAGGGUAGGAGUUUUUUAGGUGACUAUAUAGGGUCAGAAAAGAUCCUGGCCCUAGUCUUGCACUCACCCACAUUUUUUCUCAAUGUGUGUUCUGUCUGUGUGUGUGUGUGUGUGUGUGUGUGUGUGUGUGUGUGUGUGUGUGUGUGUGUGUGUGUGUGUGUGUGUGUGUGCGCAGCUGCGUCUGAAGUUCCACAAGCAGCAGGAGGAGAUCCGGCGUCUGCGGGAGAUGCUCAACCAGAGGGACGUACGCAUCAAGCAGCUGGAGCUGGAGAUCAACAACGUGAGGAAUUCCCAGGGCUCGCACUGAGAAGAGGCUCCCCUUGCCCCCCGCCGUACCAAGCCACCCUCACCUCUCCUGGGCUACUCUCUGACCACCCCCCUCCCCCGCUCUCUCAUCCCGGGGGUCUCACUGCAAUGAACACCCCUCUACCCCCUUCGACCCCACCUUCCUUACCCUAAAGACAAAGCCUGUCUCUGUCUCAUCUCAGAACACUACCUGUCUCUGUGGAUGGGUCAAAGCCUCACCAAGGCUUCCCUUGGCGCACAUGUCCCCCAUAUAUGUACAUACACCCAUAGACUCUGUCACUUCUCAAUAUGUAACAUAUUUUAAUGCUACCACAUCACUAUACAUGUGCACCCUGUGUCCCUCUCCCCGCUCCCCUCCCCAAAGUCUGUUUUAGUUUUUCCUUUUGUACACUUCAGAGCUAUGCAAGUUGGAUGUAUUUUUGUUUUGUUUUUGUCAUAAACAAAAUCUUUAUGCCCUUUUUAUUAGAAAAAUUAUGAUAAAAAGAUGUACGUGCCUGUCUUAACAGUAUGGUGUGGUUGUCUGCUGGUUAUUUGAAUGUUGUCUGGAUGGGAGCAGAUGUCACACAUGAUUGUAAGAUACACUGAAUUUAUUUUCUACGCUUUGUGAUUUUGCAUAUUUAAACUACUGUACGUGGAUGGAUGGAUGCUGGUGGAGAUGUCUAGAAUGACAGAAAAUAUGUGAGAGGGAAAGAGACUUGCUUAAUUUUGUAUAUACUGAGUAAAUGGGGGGGGGGG